CUGAAGGGCGUCUCCCCCUGAAGUGAAGGGAGGGAAAGGCACGGUAUAAAUACAAGCCGAGCCGCUGCUGACACACGCAUUCCCUCUCUGACACUGCCAGACGAAACACCCCACGAAGAUGUGGCCCAGCGGAAGUGUGGUUGCGGUGGUGGUGGCUGCCCUGCUGGUGGCGGCAGAAGCUAGCUACCCUCAGCCCUCCUACCAGGCACCGACCCCGUGCUACCCGGUGACCAAGUACGUCACCCACUACCAGACGGAGUACCGGGAGGUGCCCGUGUACCAGACCGUUUACCAAACGCAGGUCGUGCCCACCACUCUGUACCAGACCCAGUACCAGACCCAGUACCAGACCCAGUACACUACCCAGUACGUGCCCAAGUAUGUCACCCAGACCCAGUACCAGACUCAGGUGCGCUAUCAGACCCAGUACCAGACCCAGUACACCACCCAGUACGUGCCCCAGUACGUCACCAAGACCCAGUACGUGGAGAAGUACGUCACGGAUACGCGCUACCAGACCAAGUACGUCACGCAGGUGCAGUACCAGACCCUGUACACCACCCAGUACCAGCCCCAGUACGUCACCACCACGCAGGUUCACUACCAGACAGAGUUCGUGCCGGAGUACGUGCCCCAGUACGUGACCGUCACGCAGACCCAGCAGUCCUACGUGACGAAGUGCGGGUACGGCGGUGGGUACGGGUACUAAAUACCACCUUCACCACCACCACCACCACCACCACCACCACCACUUCAUCACCCCCCGGCCAUCUUGAAGUAUUUAAUAGAUAUUUUUAUGUAACAGCCUACUCUAGAUGAUCUUUAAGUAAAAAAAACACUGCAAUUGAUGACGGUUUGACCUUUAUCGUUCUCAUUCUUACUUUUUGUAAUAUUUUCUUUUAACUUUUUUUCAAGUUUCAUUCUUCCAUCACUGCUUUGUAUAUGUACAAGCAACGAAAUAUAAGUAUACGUAAGA